GAGCGACUACAGAACGUAAACCAGGCGUCUGAACACCCCAGCAGAGUUUUCUGUAAAAUGUCUUCAAACAUCUACGAAGAGCCGAAAGUGAGCAUGAAUGUGAGAUUCAGCGGAGGAGUCCAGAAAGACGGAGGAGAGCGAGAGGAGAGGGUGGUGGACAUCUAUGAGAGCGCCGACACCUGGACCGACCAAGGAGGACUCUGUCCAGAGCAUCCUCCGCCGGUCCACAGAAACCCUUUCAAAGCUGUCGCACUGAUCCUGGCUCUGCUCUGCCUCCUGCUGGUCAUAGCUCUCACCGUGCUGACUCAUUUCUACGACAUCAACAUGACGUAUAAAAGCAGUUAUGAGGAGAUGAAGAACAAAUACGACUCUCUGAGCAACAGUUUGUGUCUGUUUGAGAACAGCACCGUGGUUUGGACAAGAUUUCAGCUCAGCUGUUACUACAAAUCUACUGAGAAUAAGAGCUGGGAUGAAGGCAGACGGGACUGUCAGGAUAGAGGAGCAGACCUGGUGGUCAUCAACAGCAGAGAGGAACAGGACUUUCUGAGAGAGCUGAACAAAGGAGGCACUUCAUGGAUUGGUCUGCAGUCAGUGGUGAAGCAAGAGUGGGACAAAACAUCAAAAUGGGAGUGGAAAUGGGUGAACAAUUUCCUGAAAAUGCUGCUCUCAUGGGGGACUGGAGUUGUUACGACGCCUUCAGAAGGGUCUAAAGUUUUCAUGAAUCAGCGAGGGAGAUUCAACCACACCAGCAGUGGUCUGAGAGGAUGGAUAUGUGAGAAACCAAUCAUCAGUGGUAACCUCUCUGUCUAACACCUGCUCCUGUGAUGAAUCCUGGUUUACCAAUGAUCUCUGGUAAAAUUGAUGUUUCUGCUUGUCUCACCGUUAACUGAGCUUUCUUUAAAAUAUCAAAAUAA